AAAGUCAAACUUAAAUAUUUCAUUUUUUAUUUAGUAAAUAAACAUUUUUUCUUACCCCAUGUUUGCGUUGGUCGGUUUGUCAACAACUUACUGUAGGUGUUAUGCAGAACAUUCAUUUACACGUUGACUGAGUGAGGAGGAACGAAGCCGUGAGAUGCUCCUCCUCUUUUGUUUUGUUUUCUUUUUUUCUUUCCUUUUCUCACGGUUAAUCUAUCAACUCUGUCAGUCUUACCAUUCUACCUCCACAGCGUGCGGGAGCAUGAAGAGAGUCUGCGCGUUUCUGUUGGUUUGUUUUCAAGCGAAAUGAACUCUACUCGAAAAUUGUUUUGCGAGUGAAACCAGUGGCUGGCCAGAACAGAACGAGCAAACUAAUAACUAAACUAACAUCUGUUUAUGAAAUAAACGAGAGAACUAUACUGAAGAAACGGAACCCCGAAGAACCUUCGCUUUAAAUAUUAUGUUUGGAGUGACGGAAAUAACCCAUCUCUGCUGGUCGAUGAGUGCUGUGUUCGGGAGCGAUGUCCGCGCGCAGCAGUGAUGGACGCUCCGUGGACAGAUCUUCAAAGAAAGGGAACUGCAAGUCUUUCACAAUAGAUAAAGUCACCGUUGCCCGAUCCCUGUGCCUGGGCUCAGGGUUCAAGGGCGAGACCAUAUGAACAUGCUUUCAAACAAGUCAUGCGAGAACAUCACUAAUAUCGACGUGAAUGGGAGUCCGGUGAUGAGUGCUGUGAUGUUCAUCGCUGGGGUGGUUGGCAACCUGAUGGCUUUGGCUAUCCUGGGAGCGCACCAGAAGGAGCGUCACACCAAGUCCUCGGUCUUCUGCAUUCUCGUGACAGGCCUGGCUUUGACAGAUCUGCUGGGAACAUGUUUACUCAGUCCGCCGGUUUUCAUUUGCUAUGCCCAAAGAAAAUCCCUGGUGGGUCUCACGGGAGACAGGUGGCUGUGUGGACUCUUCGCCUUCGCCAUGACCUUCUUUGGCCUGGCCUCUAUGCUCAUACUGUGUGCCAUGGCGGUGGAGCGGUGCCUCGCCAUCAGUCACCCAUAUUUCUACUCUAAACACGUGCGACGCAGCUUCGCCAAGAUCGUCCUCAUCCUCAUCUAUCUCUUUACCUUCAUGUUCUGCUUGCUGCCAUUCUUUGGAUUCGGGCGGCACAAGCAGUACUGUCCGGGCACAUGGUGCUUCAUCAAGAUGGAGGCAGAAGGAGAGGGUGAGGAUGAGGAGAGGAGAACGCUGACCUUCUCGGUGUCCUACUCUGUGCUCAUGGCGUUGCUCAUCUCUGUUGUGUUCUUGUGCAACGGUUCGGUCAUCGUCAGCCUAUGCCGCAUGCACCGGAGCCAGCUGAUACGUCGGGGUUCGGUUCUGUCGGUUGGACGUAAGAAGAGGCUGAGCACCUUGUUCGGACAGGGAGAAGAGGAAAUGGACCACUUACUGCUGCUGGCCUGCAUGACCUUCAUCUUCGUCAUUUGCUCCUUGCCUCUGACUAUCUGUGGCUUUGUGAACGCUAUUAGUCCGGUUGGGAAUGAUCAGAAGAACCUAAUGGCUUUCCGCUUCUCUGCAUUUAACCCCAUCUUGGACCCCUGGAUCUUCAUCAUCUUCCGUAAGGCGGUCUUUCACCACAUCCGUGCACUCUUCCGCUGCUGUUUCCCCAGAGAAACAAUGAAGACCACAGCAAAAAACUCCCUGUCCUUCCCCAUGGAGUCUGGAAAUGCCAAACACAGCUCAAGCAUCCAGACUAAGAUCUACUGCAGCCUCCCCCAGUGAGGUCUUGAUGAGCGACUAUGAACUUACAAUGGUGUGCAGUGAGAUAUAACAAGACGAUGAGAUUUAGAAUCCUACUACCAAAUAUAAAAGCAUGGAUGUCAAAGGACCUGUUUCCUCUCCAUUGGCAAUGUGCAAGUAAACCACAGAAUUUGGUUCUGCAAAGAUGUGAAGGAAAAGAAUGAAACCAGUGUCAAUUUGGAGAACUGACACAUACCAGUUUACCAAUAAUCACCAAGGAUAGAACAUUAUGAACUUUGGGAAGAUGAAGUUGACCAAAUUGCUUAGUAACAGACUAAUGAAUGGGGAAGUCCAAAUUUAAAGUAGAGACAUUGGAUACAGUAGCAAAAAUCAAUAACGACAAGCAACCAAAAUACGGGUUGAAAACACUUUGCAUGUAUCACUUUUCAGCUUUAAAGGUUAAAAUCCUUCUAAAAUUGACACACUUUUAAGCAAACCCAAACUGCAGUGGCAAAAGUAUACGAUUUGAUAAAAUAUGUGUUGAACAGUUAAAGCAAGUUGUUUAGUAGCAAACAACCAAUCAUAUUGUUUGUCUCAUUAAAUAUUCAUACAGCUUGGUGUGUCUUCAGAAUCUGAGGGAAACAGUUAAAGAAUCAUACAGUGAAAGCAAUCACAUUAACUCAUGAAGAAAUAUUUCCACAGAAGUUAAACAGCGUAUUUAUAUUUGUUAAUUUAUUUUUCAGCGAAUGAGCACAUUAGCCAACAUGUACAGUUUAAAACAAUUCAGAACCGUACUUAGAAGAAAUUAACCAAGGGUAACAUGACAUAACCAUACCAGGUAACAUUUUUUGAGAUGUUAAAAUACUAUUUGGUAUUAACUCAUGCUAGUUAUAAUACAAAAAUAGCUUAUUGGGUGUUGUUAAGAUGUGUUUUUAGAAGAACGCCUUUUGUUGAAAAUGUAAAAACUACAUUUCUACAGUUUUUUUUUUUAUAGUGGUACUUAAGAAAAGCGAAUUCAAUUUAACUGUGAUAAUAUAAUGUAAAUAAUACAAAUAAAUGACUGUUACAGCUAAUAGCUGUGCAGUACAGGAGUUUGGACCAAUAAUAUUGCACUGUAGGCGGGGCUAGCCAGCCACCAAAAUAGAAACAGAGCAAUUGGCAUGAGAAGAACAAAAUGUAUGUGGAAGAGAUGGCUUUUAUGUUUUAUAUCUUGAUGCUUUAGCAUUUCAUGUCUGUUCAUGGUGUCAGAGGAGAGGCUUGUGUAUAAUGUUAAUAUAUUUGACCAUACAGUAUGUUUCCAAUUCAGCUAAUGUAUAUAGUUUAAACUAUACUAAUGCAAUUUCAUACCUGCUCUGGAAGCUACUAAUAUCACCUAACAUGUUUCAUUAAAAAACAUGGAUAGCUGUCUUUAAAAUACAUUUGCUUUUACCACAUAUGGUGUUUGAUUUUUGUAAACAUUUAUAUACUCUGUUUGAAGCUAUUUGCCGUUAAAACUGCCACUAUAUUACACUGAUCUCUUAUAAAACAUUGAUAACAAAAACAGACCGUUUCAUUAUAUGUUUUAUAAAAUCAUUCUCAGAAACCAGCGCAAGAAUAUUAUUCAAUUUGCAGAUGUUACUGUGGAACUUAAAGAAAUUGAAAUAAAUUGUUAUUAUUUACUUAUCAUUACUAGCCCUAAGGCUAACUGUAAAGAGGCAAAAAAUAAAAAUAAAAAUCUUUAACAGCUGAUUGUUUGACUGGGAACAUUCAGAUUCAAGUAAAACAUUUUAUUUUAAAAGUUUAAUCUUAAUAUUUAAAUCUAAUGAAUAAUAUUAAUAAAUUCAGUAUCCUUUAAUGGGAUCACAUUCAUUACACAAAUGACUGUUUUUCUUAGAAUGACCUAUUAACAGUCUGUUCAGGAGGAUCAGGACAUUUAACUAAACAAACUAACUGGCAGUGUGAGGUCAAACCAUAUUGAUGUAGUGCAUGUUUGACAAAGUCUGUAGAGUGGCAGUGUAAAUUCACUUCCUCUCCAUGUUUGGUAAAAGUGUGCAGUGUCUGCAUGCAUGAUGUGAAUCUGAUGCCUUAUCGUGAUAUAAUAUCAUGUGUUUUUAUGUUUCUUUGUACAGUGUUGUACAGUGCUUUGUGUACAUUGGAUUUGUUCAUGCAGUGUUGACAAGCGAGAAACAAUGGACACUUAGUAAAGCGCAAAAGACCCUGUCCAAACAAACAUGCAUCUUUGUCUAUUUCUUCAGGCAUGCAAUUUGGAUAAUUAAUAUACUGUUUCAUAAAAAUAUCAUAGAUCGGUGCACAGUUUUCAGUGAUCAGUUACAGUUUAUGACCCUUAAUCAGUGUUGGGCAUGUUAUUUGGCAAGUUACUUUUAUUACAUCAAUUACUUUGUAUGAAAUGUAACGUAAUUACUUAAUAAGUUACUUAAUUAUUUAAAUCAUUAAGUACUUCAUACUAUCCCUAUAAACCUUAAUGCUUAGAAAUAAAACCAUGGGUACAUGUCUCAAGCUGUAAGCAUUAAAAGCAAUUAGUAUCAUUUUUCAUACACACUGACAUAGGCCUAUGGUACAGUACAUGUCUAAAACAUUAGCAGCAACAUUAGCAUUACCAUUACCCAAAAAAAUAAAAAUAAAUACAAUAAAAAUCCAUUUUGUACUGUCAUCCAUGUACAUAUGCUUUAUCUGUAUUACCACACUGUAUACAGUUUUUGCAGAAAAUAACGUAGGCUCUUACGCAGAGUGUUACAACACAGUUCAUGAACAUUUUAUUGAUAUUUUAUAAAGUAAAUUAUUAUUGCCUAGCACACUAUAAACAUCGACAUCUGAUAGUAGAUGAAACCACUGAUUUAAACAGACUUUUACAUUCAUGAUGAUGCAGUGUAAAUAUUCACAUUACUUUAUAUUUGUAUUAUAUCUCAUAAUUGUCUUCCUUUUGUACAUUUAGCCUAUAUGUAUAAGUUGCCUAUAUACGGUUUAUAUGAAUAUAUAUCAUAUUUCAGCAUAUUUUACUCUCUUUCACACAUUAUUUAGCAAGAUAGGAAAAGCCCACCUAGUAAAAUGUGUAUAAUGUACAGUAAGUACAGAAAUCAUCUCCAUGGCUUAAUAAAGCCAUGUCAGAUCGCACUGUUCAUCUGAGGUAAAUUCUGGCUUAUUCCUCAAGUUUUCUUCCAAAAAAGAAAGGAAAGUAGAUUAAAGGUUUUUUUAUUCAGAUUUUGUAUCUAGGUGGGCAUUUGUACGCAGCUAUGGCAGCAGGUAAUUAGUUCUGAGAUGGGAAAGACUAACUCACUUUAGUUUCAUACCGAUUACAUAAUCAGAGAAUAUUCAUUUUCAAUUUGAAUUGGUUCAUUUAAAAGAAGACACUUCAAGUUUUCUAUAGAUAUGUGACGAGUGGGGCAGGCCUGGAUUUUAGUUGUGUUUGGUUUUUAUUUGUGCGCGUCAGUCGUCCGUGAGGGGCUGACACGCUGUUUUGUCUUUAUUUUGUCUUUAUUUUGUCGUUCCCGCCUCCUUCUUCCUGAUGAUUAUGAAGUUUGUACAUCAUUACAAGAUAUGUUUCUCAUGUCUGUGUGUGAUGUAUUCGCCAAGUCUAAUUUUGUUUUUGUAAUGCAUUUCAGAAAGGAGUUCAUGGUGUACACAAAUUAAAGUAUACCAUUUAUAGAUUCAAUUGAUUUUAGCCUUAUCUGUAUCUGGGUAUUUUAGGUCCUUUUCUCUCUUUUCAGGAAAAAAAAAAACUGCAAGUGAACGUACCAGUGCACAGAUGGUUAAAGAAGAUGCAUUUUACUUUUAGACGAUACAUUUACAUUUCAAAUUCAGUAAUGAUUUUAGAACUGUAAAGCAAAUAUAAGUACCUGUAAUUAAAUUAACUAAAAAUGAACAGUAAUCCAAUACUUUACUUUUUUCAGUGGAUAAGUAAUUUAAUUAACAGUUACUUAGUGUUACACCCAACACUGCCUUUAAUGUAAAUGAAGUUGCUCCUAUUGUAACAGCUGUGGUCUUUUCUGUGUCAAUCAAUCGGUCAACAAUCAACAAUUAUUUAUGCAGCCCAUUACAACACUCAAGGUAAACCAAAGUGCUUUCAGAGCAACAACAACAAAAAUAUAAGCCAAAAACUACAUAAAAGACACAAAAAAUUACAACCUUGCUAGUUGUUAAAAGUCGGUUUAAAUAAAUAAGUUUUAAGCCAAGCUUUUAAAAAACCUAAAUCAAUAAUGGCAUACAUUUUAGGGGGAAGCUUAUUCCUGAGUCUGGGCCCAGGUACAGUAAAAAAGCCUGGUCCCCCAGUAUAUGAAACGUGGCCUUGGGUCUUCCAGCAAAAGUUGAUUUGUUAACCUGAGAGCCCUGUUUGGCUGACGGGAAGCCAGCAUCUCAACUACAGUACAUAAGGUGGGGCAAGGCCACUGAGAGCUUU